AUGAGCCGGGUGUUAGAGGAGAGAGAGAGAGUUGUAAAUAGGGGAGACAUUGGGAUUGAGAAGGAGCUGAGGGUAAGCCUAGAGAGAGGAGAAUUAGAAAACGUCCUCAGCACUGGGAGGUAUGAUAUCCUCAUGGAGGAGGAUCUAUCGGACGUGACAGGGUCGUCGACUUCCCUCUUUACAGGAAGCGACGACGGGAAUACUGAUACGGAGAGGAAGCGCACAAGGCGAAAGCGCCAGCGGCAGCGCUCGCAUUCGGACUCGGAAGGUGAAGGAACUCGGGCCAGGGUAAAGGAGGACCGCAUUGAGGCCAUGAAGGCGGCAGUGCUUGAGGGCCAGAGAAACUUCGAGCAAAGGCUCGGAGUCAUUCGUGCCACUUGGGGUGGAGACCCUAUGAAGCUCCAGUGGACGGCGGAUGCGCUCCGAAGCAAAAUAGAGGCGUGUGCGGAUAUCGUGAACGUCACGAUAAAGAAAUGCGGGAAUCUCAAGGGCACCACCAUCCGCGACAUCAGAGAUGCUGUGGAUGCCAUUAGAGAUGCAGCCGACAUCCUCAAGAAUAGGUCGGUUGCAAAAGAGAACUCCGUCCUAGCGGCAAAGGUCGCCAGUCUCGAGGGGCAGGUUGCCGGCCAAAGGGCUGAAAAUCAGAAGGUGAGCCAGGAGAUCCUCGAACUCCGGGCUGCACUUCGAGAUGCGCAGGCGCAGGCGGCUGUUGGGCCAUCGACUUCCGCUGCCGGAGGCCCUGCGCAUGCCGGAGAACUAGCGGUUGGGGCCAGGACCCUAGAGCAGUUGGAGGACCGCAUAGCCCGGAGGUUAGAGAGCCGCCUCGACAAUCGCCUCGCGAGAAUCGAGGAGCGGCUCCCUCCGGUCCCGGAAGUGAGGCCUACGCCAACUGCGCCUGCUGUGCGGGCGAGCGGUUCGGCUGGGCCGAAAGGCAAGGGUAGAGGAAAGGCGACGGCUCCUGCACCGGCUGCUAUUGCACCGGCAGCUGUUAGUCAGGCUGCUCCUAUUGGAGUACAGGAGCCGGCGCCUGCUCCCCGAGCAAUGACGGAGAGCUGGGUGACCGUGGCUCGUCGUGGCGCGAUGAGCCAGGGCAAAAAGGCGGCGAAGAAACCCGCGGAGACUAAAUCGCCGCCCCAAAAGGCAGCGACCGCGGGUAAACAGAAGAGGAAGCCCAGACUGAGGCCGCCCCGCUCUGCCGCGGUGGUUUUAUCGCUGCAGCCCGGAGCUGCCGAAAAGGGCGUUACUUACGCGGCCCUACUCAUGGAGGCGAAGGAAAAGGUGUCCCUGGAGACCAUCGGGAUAACGGAGCUUCGGUACAGGCAGGCCAUCACUGGCGCGCGAAUCCUGGAGCUGCCAGGCGCCGCUAGUGGUGAUAAGGCGGACUCCCUCGCUGAAAAGCUCAGGGAGGUCCUGCCCGCGGAGGUGGUCCAGGUCUCUCGUCCGGUAAAGACGGCCGACCUUAGGAUUGUGGGCCUGGACGACACGACCACGUCGGCGGAUGUCGUCGCCGCCGUGGCUCGUAGUGGAGACUGCGCGGAGCAGGAAGUGAAGGCGGGGAAGUUCGCCGAUCGGAGUCUGGCAGUGCGGCUGUGUGGGUUCGCUGCCCAAUGGUGGCCGCUAAAAAGCUCCAGGGGGAGGGCCGCGUAA